CACGGUGCCACAUCUGCAAGUCUCAACCCCUGCAAGCGAUGUAGCGGGACUGAAUGACUUGUCGUCAUAUCACACGAGCAUUCUUGUAUGCGAGAAUGCCCAACAUUCACACGUACACAGUGGAAAACAUAGUCAGAUCAUUUGUCCUAUCUAUUGACCAACAAUCCUCUGCGGGACCUUCUACAAUUCUAUUUAAUCCACUCAACGACUUCCCAACUUGCAAGACAGGGUAUUUUCAUUUGAUACGAUGGUCGGACGCCGGACUGAGUGACGUUUGAUUGAAGUAUCCUUCCAUAAUCGAGGUCGUGGGAAAGUCGUGCUCAAAGAUGCGGGUGGUUGUUUCCGCAGCAGCCAGUUCCAGCUGAUACUCCAGUACAGCCAGCCUGGCUUCAACAUGUCCGACAAUGGUAGCAACUUAUCGAGACGAUCCUCCUCGCAGACCUCCCAUGCCUCCGCAGACCAGAAAAAGUCCAAAACAAUCCGGGGAGUGCCGAAGAGACAUGGCUCCAAGACCUCCGCGAAGUCCGUCGAAGACGAUGAUCCUGCAUUGACCUCCUUCCCUUCCUUUUCUCCAGAACCCGAACAGAAAUCAUCCAGCAUUGUUCAAGAGGUGGUUCCGAAACCUUCUCGGACAAUAUCACAGACGGCUCGACAUAGAAAGGCCACCCUUGCCGGCUUGACAAGCGCAUCUCCGUCCUUCAACAAGCAGAACGCUCUCUUCGACGACUCUCCUCGGUCUUCCUUGGACAUUCCGGGCGCGUUGCAUUUGGCGAGUGACGAACAUAUUGAAAGACUCAUAAGCAAGACUGGUGCUGUCAAGCUGAUUCGUCAAUAUGCAUCGGAUCUGGCUCAGAGAGACGCCGAGAUGUCGGCUUUGCGUAUUCGGGCAGACAACAGAGAAAGAGAACUGAAGAGACUGCUGCGUGAAGCCACUGUCUCAACAGCUGAAGUUGAGAGGCGGCUCCUGCGACUAGAACAAGGCAACCCUUCUCCCGGUAUUCACGAAUCGUCUGGUUCGACCGAUCGGACAGUGUCUGCAACCUCGCUAGACGGCAUGAUGAGCGAAGCGAUGGAAGAGGGAAUCCUGGUCAGCAGUCCAGUCGACGGGCCAUACCCGCCUGAGCCACUUCCCGACGCCCGUAUACUGAAUGAUGCUCCGCUGGGGGAUGUCCAGGAUAAACGCAGCAGAACUGGGUCAAUGGCCUCUGCUCAAAUCAAGGGGAGCAGAACUCCAAGCAGAGCUAACAGCAUUUUGAGCGAAAGCAGUCAGGACUUGGAUGCUACUUUACGGCCUCGCGUUAGCAGCUCGACGUCGGGCAAGGCAUCAGGAUUACAGAGUAUCUUCCAGCCACCUGCUCAGACCUCAAGCUACUUUCUCGGUGGAAAGUCAAUCAGGAAGCCGAAACUUGGUGACGAAAUUAGUGUGCGGUCAAACCAAUCUGGUCGCUCUUUUGCUUCCUGGACACAGAUCUUCGGUGGAAAGGCGCCGACAGGGCGAUCUCGGGCUUCGUCACUGGGACAAGAAGCUAACGGCAAUGCUGCCACCGUGAGCGAUGCAGAAGCUUCACUUUCCAAUUUGACGAAGACACGGACACAAGUAGCCGGCAAGUCGUCUGUAUCGUUGGCAGGCAGUGAAAAUUCUAAGAUGCGACCUCCAGCUAAACGCGUCCCGACAGCAACCAGACUCAAUGCCAGUCCAGGCCAUGUUCGCAAAGAUUCAAAUGCGAGCAGUCUUCCCCCCACAGUCGAGCUGGAUUCCAUGAUUGAAAGUUCACAACUGCCGCCUACCAUGACCAAUCAGUAUAACGACAAGCACGGCCUCUUGACGGAUAGAUUUGGCUUCAUCUAUGACCAAUACCGUCGAAAGCGACAAACUCUCCAGGUCCGUCAGCACAAGCGAAACAAGAUGAGUAAUGCCGAGACACUAGCCAGCUUUCGAGCUGGUAGUCCUGGGUCGGAAGACAUCUUUGUAGACAGACCUUCGACUCCUGCCUCGAUUGACGACGACAACUCGAAGAAAGCUUGGUCGGAUUACCUCAAAGUCCCAGCCGCGUUAUCUUCUGGGAGACCAAAAGAGUUACUGUCGCAUACCCCAUCUGCCGGUGCUGUAGUCAUGGUUAGUACUGCUGAUGCCGCUGAUGCCGCUGGUACCAUAACACCACCGCAUCGAAGCCGAGAUGCGUCCAUCUCGAUCAAUGCAUCCGCACAAAAGGCACUCCCGAGUACAAGUGUCGUGACGGAGCCGCAGCAUUCAGCAGUUACUGCUACUUCAUCAGACUUCACAGCUGAUCCAGAGACCGACUCCAAUGCUGACUCGGGUCCUACCAAGUUGCUGCUUGACCAAUUGACAGAUCUGUACGAUGCAUUGCAGACAGAGAGGAGUGCUCGAUGGAAUGACUUUCUACGCCGAGUGCGGGCCGAGAGAGCGAGUAAUACGGAUCGUGCAACCAACAAUGCACCCGAGGCAGACCUCCUCAAUGGCGAACUCAUUGGAAUUGCGACUCUUGGUCGUUCGAAACAAACCAAAAGCAAAUAUUUGCACUUCAAGUCAUUAGUGCUGGCUGGCAUACCGGUGUCACUUCGACCCAAGAUUUGGGCCGAAUGUUCUGGAGCAAGUGCUCUUCGAAAUCCAGGCUAUUACGAGGACCUCGUCGCUCGUUCACAAGAUGGUACAGAUGUCGAUCCAGACAUUGCAAGCCAGAUCAAGGCGGAUGUUAGACGCACCUUGACCGACAACGUUUUCUUCCGUCACGGCCCAGGAGUCCAGAGACUUGAAGAGUUGCUGAGAGCGUAUUCACUUCACAAUCCUCGCAUCGGAUAUUGCCAAGGAAUGAACCUCAUCACAGCAUCUCUCUUGCUCAUCUGUGCCACGGCAGAAGACUGCUUCUGGCUCCUCGUCGCCAUCAUCGACGUCAUACUUCCCAGCCAAUACUUCAGUUCAACAUUGCUCGUGGCCAGGGCAGACCAAAUCGUCCUUCGCCAGUAUGUUGCUGAAAUAUUACCAAAGUUGAGUGCUAAGCUUGAAGAACUCGACGUUGAUCUCGAGGCACUCACGUUUCACUGGUUCCUGUCGUUGUACACUGGUGUCCUGACUGGCGGUGAAGCCCUCUACCGCGUCUGGGAUGUGAUUCUAUGCCUGAACAGUUCCGACGCCGUCCCACAUGCAUUCGACCACCCACGAAAUCUGACAGUCGACAUGCCGAACCUUGGCUUGAGCCAACCACCAACACCGGUUACACCGUCCAUGCCUGACGUCAACAACGACAGCGCUGAGCACGACGGGACUAGUUCUCCAUUCCUCUUCCAGCUCGCGCUGGCGCUGCUGAAGCUUAACGAAAAUGCCAUUCUUGCACUUAACUCCGCUGCGCAAGUGUACUCCUACAUCAAUCACAAUAUGACGAACCAUGCGAUAAGUAUCGAUGCGUUGAUUCAGGCUAGUGAGGCUCUCAGGGUCAAGGUCAAGAGAAAUGAAGUGCUAGGAAGAAGGAAGGCGGCGAUCAAAGAGCUCGGUGCCUGAGGCAAGGAGUCGGCUCAAGAUUCAUCUCUCGGCGACCGACCUUGGAACCAGCAGGAUAGAACUGGUGCUGCGCGGACUCGCGAACGGAUUUUGAAAGACCAACUGGCAUGGUGUUUAUGAGGAUGGGAUUUCUAACGUCUUCGCUUGGUCGAAGCGUAUUCCAUCUCAUGUGGGAAAGGGAUUUCUUUUGUGGUUGCGGCAUUCCCCUUUUUCCCCUUGUUAUGAUGACCCCAAAAAUAGUGCUUGUUUAGAAUGAUACCCCCUCCCUGCACGGAACAUCAGAUAGGAACAAUGGAAGAUGGCCAUGGAAAUUGAAAGUCAAGCUGUUCAAACGUUG